AAUGUUUUUUCUUGCUCGUGUCUCGGUUCUGUUGUGUCUUAUUUUUUCUGUAGCUACCCUUAGAUACGACCCUGCGCACGAAGGCUGGAACCUCAACCUCAACCAAACUGCCACCGAUCCCUUGGAUUACUGGGGCGAAUGGGAGAAUCAUACCUUUCACCCUUCACCCAAGAAUUGGCGGAUACCCUUCUAUGUCCUCACUCUAGACCGCUAUGUAGAUGGGGAUCCGACUAAUAACGAAGCAAAUGGAACCAGUUUCGAACAUGACUGGACUACUAAUCAAUUCCGGUUUGGUGGGGAUGCCAAAGGGAUGAUGAAUAACCUCGAUUAUCUCCAAGGCAUGGGUAUCAAGGCUGUCUAUCUCUCAGGAACUCCAUUCAUUAAUAUGCCCUGGUCCUCGGAUGGAUUUGGCGCAUUGGAUUUCACGCUGCUCGAUCAUCACCAUGGCAAAAUACAGGAUUGGAGAAACCUGAUCGACGAGAUGCACCGCCGCGGUAUGUACGUGAUACUGGACAAUACUCUAGGGACCAUGGGAGAUUUGCUCCAGUGGGUCGGUAGCGAAAACACUUCUGCGCCGUUCAAGUGGGACGAGUACGACGUGCGAUACAAGAGCUCGCGGCAGUAUCUUGAUUUCUCGAUCGGCAAUGAUCGAAAUACCACUUGCACUUACCCUCGCAUGUGGGGAGCUGAUGGCUAUCCUUUUGCCAACCAGUCCGUCUUGGAAAAGAUGGAAUUCCCGUGCAAAGAUAGUCAAUUCGACCAGUACGGUGACAUGAAAGGUGUUGGUGAAGUCCCCGUAGAAGAGACACAGCUUGCCAAGUUUGCUGGUGUACAGGACCGCCUCCGCACUUGGCGCGAUGAUGUCUUAGACAAGGUUAUGCAUUUCUCUUGCAUACAGAUUGCCAUGCUCGACAUUGAUGGGUUUCGGAUGGACAAGGCGGCGCAGACACCAAUAGACGUUCAUGCCAAGUGGUCCAACCAUCAAAGAGCAUGCGCAAAAAGAUACAACAAGGAAAACUUUCUCAUUGUUGGUGAGAUCGUCAGCAAAGUACCAUACGCUUCCCUCAUGAUCGGGAGAGGCAAGCAACCCAACAUGGCCUGGCCCAGUUUGGAAGACGCCGUCCGGGGCGACGCGGGCAAUGAUUCGGCGUUUGUUCGGCCUCCAGGGUCCGCUGUCCUCGACGGGGAUGCUUUCGCGUAUCCAUUCUAUGGAGCCAUGACUAGAUUCCUAGGCUUGGACGGUCCAAUAGGUCUUGAGGGUGUUGAUUUCGUCGAGCUUUGGAAUGAAUUACUUCUCCAUGAAGACUUCACCAAUGCCAAUACCGGGGAGUUUGACCCUAGGCACUUGUGGGGAUUAACCAACCAGGAUGUUUUCAGAUGGCCAGGUCUGGCAAAUGGAACCCAGCGUCAUUUGCUUGGUCUAUUCAUCGCCAAUAUGAUGAUGCCCGGUGCGCCUUUCCAGCUUUGGGGCGAGGAGCAGGAAUCGUAUAUUCUCGAAAACCAAGCAUCCGACUAUAUCUUCGGCCGCACCCCGAUGGCAUCGCAGCGCGCGUGGCAGAUGCACGGAUGCUACAACCUCGGUGCUGAAGUCUACGUCGAUAUGCCGUUUGAGAAGUCCCUGCAUGGCUGUCAGGAUGACUCUGUCAGUCUCGAUCACCGCGACCCAUCUCAUUUUAUGCGCAAUAUCUUGAAGCGUCAGUACGAACUUAGGGAUCAAUACCAGGUCCUGAAUGACGGCGUAUACCUUGAAACUCUUUCUUCACAGUAUGAAGACCUCUAUCUCCCUGGUAGUCUGGGCCUACCCUCGCCCACUGGUUUGUGGAGCGUUUAUCGCGCCGCUUUUCCGAAUGUACAGAACUUUACUUCGGAUAAUGGUCUGGCCAACCAGGGUGUCUGGUUCAUCUAUUCCAACGCGAACAAAACUGUCAACUAUACUUUCAACUGCCAGAAUGAAACGGACGGACUUCUAGCACCCUUCCCCGAGGGUACAACGGUAAAGGGGCUAUUCUAUCCUUAUGAAGAAAUCACUCUGGAGACAUCCGCUGCCAGGCUCAAUACAUCGGAAUCGGAUGCUCCCAACGGCUGUCUAAGCAGUAUAGAAAUGGCCCCCUGGGACUAUAAGCUCUUUGUUCCUAAGAAUAGGUGGGCCGCUCCUCGUCCGGCUAUUACCCGCGUUGUACCAGGUCAUGAUCAGCGCAUUGUCUCCCGCACCACGGAUGGCGAGCCGCAGGAUGUUCCGAUCGAACUUCAUUUCUCAAGCGAGAUGGACUGCGGCAAUGUGGUUCGCAAUUUUUCAAUCAGAUCCACCACUGCCAACGGCGAAGUUGCGAGGCUCAACACCUCUAGUGUAGAAUGCACAAGUGUUGAACCAAAUCGGAAGCAAGAUUAUAUUGGACAAAUCGGUACCGCUUGGAUCAUGAAGGCACAGCUGGAAAACGUCCAUGACGGCGUUCAUGUUUACACUCUGAACAACGUGUCUAGCAAGUCAAACGAUCUCUAUACACAAGCUAUUGAUCACUUCAUGUUCCGCGUCGGACAACAUGACAAUCCGAUGAUCUUCCCCGGUACCGCAAACUACUCUUCGUCCCUCCUCCACAAAGAUGUAAACACGGGCGUUCUGACGGUGACACACAAAGCCACGGGCGCCGACAAGUGGCAGUACACACUCAAUUGGGGCGCAACAUGGAGUGAGUGGCAAGACUACACGUCAACAAAUGCUACCCUCACACAACAGCCGUGGGCUGGUUCAAAAGACCAAGAAUGGGUUGGUGAGCACGUGAUGAUCCGCUACUGGAGUGAGAUGGCGGGCAGCAUGGAACACGUGCAACAUGGGGAUGUCGAUUUCCACUCGCCUCGACGCUGGCCGCACAUGCACGUCACUGGACCCUGGAACCAGUAUGGCUUCGAUUCUGGCCUGCCUGACAAGAUGCACGACACUGGCACCGGAGAGUGGCAUUUCGACAUGAUGACAGAAUACCCUUCCACCGCGAUUCUCAGCACCUGGGGCAUCAACCCUGAUGGCCAGCCAGACAAGUCAAAGAUGUAUGGCGAUGUCGACUUGGAUGGAAUAUUAGAUUGGCUUCCUCCCACUAGCUUGGGGAAAAAUCUGAUUAAUAUCACGAGCCCCGGGAUGCCUUACACCGGAGUCAAGAUCAUAGCCAACGACGGAGACAUGCGAUACACCUUCAAACCCGUGGGAUCGGCUUGGAGACAGCUAGCCAUCUCGUUAUUGCUUGCUCUCAUUCCUCUUGUCACAGGCGCCAUCGCCAUCUCCUUGUUCCACAAAUCGUUUUAUGACGUCAAGUUCAACAAGAUUGGCUUCUCUGAGAAAGGAAAGACUCUAAUUCCAAACGCUGUAAUUGCAUCAGCUACUGCUCUACGAAAGCGCGCAACCACAAGCUUUACACCAUUCGCCAAACCCAACUCAAAGGACCUCGUCUCGCCAGUUGGUGGAAUGGCGGGGACUGUCCAAAGUCGCCAGAGCACUGUCCUUUUGGCAACUAUGGAGUAUGAGAUCGAGGACUGGAAUCUCAAGGUCAAAAUCGGUGGUUUGGGUGUGAUGGCUCAGCUCAUGGGAAAAAACCUGCAACACAAGAACCUCAUCUGGGUCAUCCCUUGUGUUGGUGACAUUGACUAUCCGGUUGAUCAAAUUGGCGAGCCCAUGGAUAUCACCAUCCUAGGCCAGGAGCACAGUAUCAACAUCCAGUACCAUCGCCACGAAAACAUUACUUUUGUGCUUCUCGAUGCACCGAUAUUCCGCGCGCAGACUAAGAGCGAUCCUUACCCGGCGCGCAUGGAUGACAUGGAGAGCGCCGUGUAUUACUCAGCCUGGAACCAGUGUAUUGCGGAAACUUUGAGGCGUUUCCCCGAAAUCGAUCUAUACCACAUUAACGACUAUCAUGGAACUCUUGCGCCGUUGUACAUGCUCCCACAAACCAUACCUGUGUGCCUUUCGCUCCACAACGCCGAAUUCCAGGGUCUUUGGUCUAUCAAGCGAGGCAAGGAUAUGGAUGAGAUCUGCAGAGUGUUCAACUUGAGCAAAGACAUCGUCACCAAGUACGUCCAGUGGGGCGAGGUUUUCAAUAUGCUCCACGCUGGCGCUAGCUACUUGCGUAUUCACCAACGUGGCUAUGGCGCUGUUGGUGUCUCUAAGAAGUACGGGAAGCGUUCAUUCGCUCGCUACCCCAUUUUCUGGGGUCUCACCAAAGUAGGAGCGCUGCCGAACCCCGACCCAACUGAUACCGCACCAUGGAGCAAAGACGACAAGAUCGCCGCCGAUGUCGCCAUCAAUGGCGAAUCGGAGGCUGGGAGAGGCCUUCUCAGAACCCAAGCCCAAGAAUGGGCUGGCCUGCACGUCGACCCAGAGGCCGAGCUUUUCGUCUUUGUCGGCCGCUGGUCUAUGCAGAAAGGUGUCGAUUUGAUUGCAGAUGUUUUCCCAUCGAUCCUCGAAAACAACGCGAAGACUCAGUUGAUCUGUAUCGGACCAGUCAUUGACCUUUAUGGCAAAUUUGCCGCGCUGAAACUGCACCGCCUUAUGGAAUUGUAUCCAGAUCGAGUGUGUUCGAAACCAGAGUUUACUGCGCUUCCACCGUACAUUUUCAGCGGCGCCGAGUUCGCUUUGAUACCUUCACGCGAUGAGCCUUUCGGCUUGGUUGCUGUCGAAUUCGGCCGCAAAGGUGCACUCGGAGUGGGCUCCAGGGUUGGCGGUCUUGGUCAGAUGCCUGGCUGGUGGUUCACAAUCGAGUCGACAGCUACCAAGCAUCUUGUCCGCCAAUUUCAAAGCGCCAUAAAAGCAGCACUGUCAUCAUCACGACAAACUCGUGCGGAGAUGAGGGCCCGAUCUUCUCUUCAACGCUUCCCAGUUGCCCAGUGGCUAGAGGGUCUCGAAACACUGCACGCUGGCUCCAAGAAGGUCCAUCACCGCGUUCCCGCCAUCGAUACCGCCAAUCGUUCGAGUUCAGAUACUUCAAGCACUGCAUCCCCAUUACCAUCAACUCCUGGUACGGCGCUUCAUACUCCACCUGCGACGCGACCAUCGAGUAGGAUAGGUAGUCGAACUACUAGUCGUGUAGCCAGUCGAGCAUCCAGCCCAAUCCGCGAGGAAGGUACUAGUCAAGACAAUAGCCAACCGCCUUCACUACGCGGCCAUCGUUCGGUUCGAGGACGACCCUCUCUUCCAGCGCUCAGCCUAAAUUCGACCGUCGCCACUGGUACCAGCACACCUGCACUACCCUCACCAAGCGCAGUUCUCACGCCAUCUGGCCGUGGUAAUGGGUUCCCACUUCCCCGUAUUCCUAGCGUCUGCGUAGAAAAUGAUGAUCAGAUCUCCGACGAAGACUUUGCACGGGGUCUACCUAUGCCUCCGAGGCCACCUUUUCACCAAUCUCAAACAGCGAUCUCACAAUAUUCUUCAUACGAGACUCUACAAAGUCUAGACUCCCCUGAAUCCGAAUCAUCCCCAACUCCACGUUACCCUUUGAGCUCGCGCCCUUCCACGCUUAGCUUGCAAGCGGUUGUGGGCGAGGAGAAGAACUAUCGUAUGCAAAAUGUGGACCCAUUCUUCACCGACUCCCAGGGUCUCUAUACGAAACAGUUCAAUAGCCUGCUCGUCAAUCUUGACGGGAAGACCUCUACCAACGAGCUCUGCAUCGAGGAAUUCCUUACCAAGUCUGAGAAGAAAUGGUUUGGUCGUUUCUAUGAUGCGAAGCUUGGUAUCAAGUCUAAGAAGGGAACUGAGGUACAAGAGAUUGAACUCAGCAGUAGCGAAGGGACUGCAAGCAGCAGCAACACGUCUGUCCGCACUGGAGAAGUUACCUUUGAUGAGUUCAAUCUGGGCGAUACCUUCAAACCUGCGCGAGGCCUUCAGAAGAUUAUGCAGUACAAGUUCCGCGACUGGCCUGUAUUCUCCUUCUGCAUGGCGCUCGGCCAAAUCUUAGCGGCAAACAGUUACCAGAUCACACUGCUCACAGGCGAACAAGGCCAAACGGCAACCAAGCUCUACGUUGUCGCCAGCAUCUAUCUCGGUGCCUCGAUCUUCUGGUGGACACUAUUCCGCACCGUUCAAUCUCGCUGGGUAAUCGCUCUCCCUUUCUUCUGCUACGGAAUCUCCUUCUUCAUCCUCGGUAUGGCGCCGUACGCCAACGGCUUCGUCGCGCGUGGUUGGGUGCAAAACGUAGCCACCGGCUUCUACGCCCUGGCUUCAGGAUCCGGCUCCCUCUUCUUUGCGCUCAAUUUCGGCUCUGAAGGCGGCACCGCAACUCACACAUGGGUCUUCCGCGCGUGCGUAAUUCAAGGCACGCAGCAAGCUUACGUAACUGUGCUCUGGUACUGGGGAUCAGCCCUCGCCGCCAUCAGCGCGAGUGGCGAGAACCCAACUGGCUUCACCUCCUCCCCAUACUUGACCGCGGUCACCACACCCAUCGCAGUCCUCCUCUCCGUCAUUGGUCUCGCUCUCUUCUUCGGACUCCCGGACUUUUACCGCUCCUCCCCAGGAUCAGUCCCCUCAUUCUACCACUCUCUACGACGCCGCAAAAUUAUUCUCUGGUUCUUCUGCGUCGUCAUCAUUCAAAACUACUUCCUCAGCGCUCCCUACGGUCGCAACUGGCAAUACCUCUGGAGCUCAAACCUCGUCCCAUCAUGGUCCAUCGGCAUUCUAGUCAUCGUCUUCUUCGGCAUAGUCUGGGUUGCCCUCUUCACAAUCUUCCAACGCCUAUCCAUAGAACACUCCUGGAUCCUCCCCAUUUUCGCCAUUGGACUCGGCGCUCCCCGCUGGGCUCAGAUGCUCUGGGGUACAUCCGGCAUGGGCCUAUACGUCCCAUGGGCUGCUACACCCGCUGUCGGCGCACUACUCGGUCGCUCGCUAUGGCUGUGGCUCGGUGUCCUCGACGCUCUUCAAGGCGUAGGGUUCGGCAUGAUCCUUCUACAGACCAUGACUAGAUUCCACGUCGCAUUCACUCUUAUCGCGGCGCAGGUCAUUGGCUCCGUCGCUACUAUCGCUGCGAGAGCCUCUGCGCCGGAUAGAUUAGGCCCCGGCGCUGUUUUCCCGAACCUCGCGCUCAGUUUAGAUGGCUUGGGGCACGGCGUCUUUUGGGGCGCGUUGAUUCUGCAAGGCGCGGUUUGUGUGGGGUUCUUUGCAUUCUUUCGGAAGGAGCAAUUGUUCAAGCCCUAA